AUGCUAAAGUAUUGCCUCGCACUCGCUAUACUAUUUCUUGCUGUAAUUUCCGCUGAUGACGAGGAAAAGCCGAGCUCGUUGAGCCAAAUGGGCGGAAAUCCCAAAGAUUGGGAUAAAAUGAUCGGCAAGAUGGAGAGACAACGGAUGGCUUAUGCCGAACAGUGCAACGGAGCCCCGGAUAGAUUGAAGAAGCAAUGCUUCCUGCUGGUCAGCCUCCUCGGACAACUCAUCCAAAAAGUGAAGCAAUUCAAGGACGUGACCGAGCGAUUUGAGAGCCUGAAACUACAG